AUGCCUUUGGUGUUGAAAAACCUGUACACUGGAAUUGAUGAUGCUUCAAAGAAUUUCCGUACAUGUGUUAGGACUUAUAACAACACAUUUGCUUUUACUUCGCUUGGCAUUCAUCAGUAUGAUAAAAAUCUUUGUAAGCGUAAUAAAGGCAUAUAUACGUUCAAAGUUCAAGGGCAAAUGUAUCAUUUUAUCAAUGACUUAUUUCCUGAUGGCUGUCCGCCGCGCAAUUUGCAACUCUAUUUUUAUGACACUGACCAUGAAAUUCAAAAUCGAGUUGAAAGUGUUGCUAGAUUGGAAGAGAACAUUGUCAAAGCUUUGAUAGAAGUCAUGUCUUGCAAUCCAUACGCAAAUUUCUUUAGAAGUCUUAAGGAUGUUGUUCACUCUGAUGACUUUAGUAUUUUGUUGAACUCUUCACCUUCAUUGGAUCAAAGACUUUAUAAUUCGCCAACUGCUUCUCAAGUUGCUGCUGUAUGGAUUGAAGACUAUGAUGGAGUUGAAGAUAAUAGGAAUAUUAGGGUAUAUGCACAUUGUGGUCGGUCACAAAAUAUUCAAUACUAUUAUGGUUGUUAUGAUCCAUUACAAUACCCUUUGUUAUUCCCAUUUGGUGAUGUUGGAUGGCAUGAGGGUAUUCAAAGAGCCUUGCAAUCAAGGAAUUUACAACCUCUUGGCUAUGUAAAUUCUUUAUCUAUUAAUGCAAACACUCAAUUAUUUGUUGAUGAUCUAAUUCGAGCAGAGGAAGCGGUGUUUCGAGAAGGUAGGAAGCGUUCCUCAAUAUCGUGUAGAGAAUAUUAUGCAUACAAAUUUCAGGUUCGAGCAAGUGAUAAUUCUCUAUUAUUACAUACUGGAAGAUUAUUUCAGCAAUUUAUUGUUGACAUAUUACAUACUGGAAGAUUAUUUCAGCAAUUUAUUGUUGACAUAUAUAUUAAAGUUGAAACAUUUCAGCAAUUUAUUGUUGACAUAUAUAUUAAAGUUGAAACAAAAAGGCUAGAUUAUUUUAGGAAAAAACAACAGUUGUUUAGGUCUGAAAACUUUCAAGGCCUCGUUGAUAGCGUUGGAACGGGUGCUGUGUUUGGUAAAGGCCUCGUUGAUAGCGUUGGAACGGGUGCUGUGUUUGGUAAUGAGGUCGGACGUAGCGUUGGAACGGGUGCUGUGUUUGGUAAUGAGGUCGGACGUAGAUUUAUUUUGCCAUCGUCAUUCAUUGGAGGUCCUAGAGAUAUGCGUGGUCGAUAUAUGGAUGCAAUGUCCCUUGUCCAAAACUUUGGCAAACCUGAUAUGUUUUUAACCAUGACAUGUAACCCUAAUUGGCCUGAAAUUAAAGGGCUUUUGCAAUACAAUGACGACGCACAAAAUAGGCCAGACUUGAUUGCAAGAGUAUUCCACGCAAAAAUGCAGGAACUUAAGAAUGAUAUUACAAAGAAACAAUUUUUUGGCGAAAUUGCUACAUACACUUAUGUAAUCGAGUUCCAAAAGAGAGGAUUGCCACAUGCUCAUUUCCUUAUUAUUCUAAAAGACAAAUGUCAUGCAAUGUCUCCUUCUUUUGUUGAUAAUUUUGUAUCGGCAGAAAUACCAGAUAAACAUCUUCAACCUGCGUUGUACGAUCUUGUAAAAAAACAUAUGGUUCAUGGUCCUUGUGGUUUUCUUAAUCCAAAUUGCCCUUGCAUGACACAAAGGAAAUGCAAAUCCGCACCUACUUGUAAAAGUAAAUACCCCAAACUAUUUAGCGAUGCCACUGAGUUUGCUGAUGACUCUUACCCUAUUUAUAAGAGACGCAAUACACCCUUUUUGGUUCAUGUUAAAGGGUUUAAUCUUGAUAAUAGAUGGAUAGUGCCUUAUAAUCCCCAGUUAUUACUUAAGUUUGAUUGCCAUAUAAAUGUGGAAGUCUGUGAAGUACAUUUAUAA